GCAGGAACAGCUGGGCAAGGCCUAACCAGAGCACACAGGAGUUGGUUGCAGUCACCUGGCAGAGAGAGGUUCAGCCUGGCAGUGGGGGAGAGACAGGGGUGUGGCUCCGGAGACUGGUUAUCAGGGCUGGACCUACCUGGGCCAGGGUCCACCAUCUGGUUGGUGAAAUCUGGAUGGGGGUGGAAUCUGGGGAGGGUUAAAGGAUCUCUAGUCUGAUCCUGGGGAGCUUGGUGUUGCUACCUGACCACAACUGUGAGAUCCCAGGUCCACUGCCAGGAGAGCAUGAGUGAUCAGGAGAGGGAGACAGAAGAGGAUGAGGGAGGCGGUACGUCAGACACAGCACCCAUGCUGCCCCAAAGGCCUCCUGACUGCCAGGCCUCAACUCUGAGAAACCCAGGGUGGUCUGGUCUGGCCACCCGGGGUCUCAGGACCCUGCUGCUGCCUAUGAGGACCCUGGCUGUGGUCCUGCUCCACCUGCUGCUUCCUGGGACAGUCUUCCUGCUGGUACUACUGCCUGCAGCUGGUAUUGUCUACCUAGGAUUCCUGUGCCACUCCAGGGUCCGCCCCGCGCCCGGCCCCGGCUGCCGAACGCUGCUCUCGGACCGCGGCUCGGCGGCGCUCAUCGUGCUGGGCUUCCUCGCGCUGCCGCCGCUGCUCGUGCUCGCCUCGGCCGCCCGCGCCCGCCUGAUCCGGCGCCUCCGCCCGCUGCUGCCGCCCCCGGCGGGAACCCCGGCGUCCGACGAGAGCGGGGUGUGACGCCGGCGCCCGGGCUCCCGGAGGCCCCCUAAGGCGGCCCCGGGCGGACGAGCGGCGGGUGGGGCGAGGUCCGCCUCCCGGCUCGGUGCUCAGUGCUCAGUGCUCGAAGCGGCUGCGGGAGGGACCGGGCUCGGCCGGACCGCGGCGGCCCCGCCCCACCUCUGCAGCCUCCGCCCUGCUGCGGACGGAGGCACGGAGGAGGAGGCACGGAGGAGGCUGCCCGGAGGCGACGCCGCGGCCUGCUAGCCCACUUCCAGGUCCGCGGAGGCCCGGGGGUGGCCGGCCGGCUCCGCGCUGUGCAGGCGCGGCCGCCGCCAGAGCCCUGGCCGCAGCACGCGGCGAAGUGAGGAAGAAGGAAGCCGGCGCGCCCCGGGCCGGUCGAGACGGUCCUGCGGCUCUCCCAGCGCCUUCCUGGGUGGCGUCUCCUGCAGUCCGGGGCCCAGCCCGCGGGCGCUCUAGCGCCGCGCUGCUUUCCAGCCUGAGACUGCCUCGCUAAAUUGCCGAGGCCGGUCUCAUACUGGAGAUCCGUGUCUACGGAUCCAUAUCUUGUACCAGUUCUGGAAUAUUCUCAACCCAUAUCUCUGCAAUCUCGUCUUUCAUUCAUCCCCCAUGCUCUUUCACUGUUUCCCUCCUUCGUAUAUUCCAUCUGCAUGUGUCCGGUCUGCAGUCUGAGCGGUUUCUUCAUAGCCCUCUUCUAGUUCAUUGAGAUUCAUCAUUUCUUUUUUAAAAUAUUUUUUAGAUGUUGCUAGACCUUUAUUAAUUUAUUUACAUGUGGCGCUGAGAAUCUAACCCAGUGCCUCACACAUGCUAGGCAAGCGCUCUACCUUUAAACCACAACCCCAGUUCUGAAAUUCAUCUUUUCUAAUCGGCUGAUCAACUCAUCUAUUUAUUUUUAACUCAUUAUCAGAUUUAAAAGUUACAUUUGGUUCUUUUUCAAAUUUUUCUUUUUUUAUUUGUCUUUAUAGUUUUUAUUCCUAGGAAUUGAACCCAGGGGCACUUAACC